AUGAGUUCACGGCUGAACGGGCGACUCAGUUAUGGCGGUCCAGAAGUCAGUCGUCAGAAUCCGAACCAAGAGCCGCCGAGACGACGUUCUAAUGUACACGAUGAGCGGGGCCGUCGAAUGUUCGCCAAUAUCCAAAGUGCCUUGGGCGCUCCAGCUGGCGGCUCUUCCGGAUUUUCGCCUCGGGACCGGAGAAUGCCUAGGAAAAUCCAAGAAGACGAGCCUCCGGUUGAGGUAAGCCGAGAAUUCAAGUUCAAAAACCCUUGCCAUGUUUUUUGAAAGCGCUAAAGUCUUGAGGAAUUUGAAAUAACUUAAAAAACGCCUCAAGACCGAUAGAAAAUCAUAUGCGCCUUCAAAAAAUCAGAGCGUGGAUUUUCGAACAAGCACAUAAUGAUAAGUACUAAAAGAGUUGACAAAAGAACAUGAUAUAAAAAAAAUCGCAAUUUCAUAUAGAAAAUAAUUUACUUUCUUUCAUACAAGAUAAGAUAUUUUUGAAAAAAGUAGAAUAAAAAGAAUAUUCAUUUAAGAAAGCCAAAUAAUACUUCUGUAGUUUUUUUGAAGACCAGAUGAUAAAUAAACGAAAAAAAUGUAUCCAGAACAAUAUUCUACAGAUAUAAAAAGCGUUCUCACUCAAUAAAACAUGGGAAAUUGAAUCGCAAAAAAUUUUUUUAAUCUACGGAAAGUUACUAGUAUUCAACUUUAUGUGUUGAAAAAAAUAAAAAAAAUCACUGAUUAGAAAAAAAUUUCUUCAUCAUCAAAUUUAAAGAUGAAGGUAAACACGAGGAAGGUUAAUCAUUGAAUUUUGCUCCUGUUUCCAAAUUAUAUACCAUUAAAUUGCUCAAUUAGAUGAUUUUUACAUCUUUCUCUAACUCAGGAUGGUGUCAAAAAGACGAUAGAAAUCUUUGAAAAAAAAUAAUUUUUUUAAGGAGCUCCACGAUGUCGACGAAAUAAUUGCCCAAAUCGCUGAUCUCAACGUUCGACCGGAUCGCUCAGCCGCACAAAUUAGUAAUAAAAAAACAGUAUGACGACUCGUAAGGGAUAAUAUUUAAGAGAGGAACAUCACAAAAUGCGGAUUUGUGGAGAGAAUGGACGAAGACGAGUGGCUGACCCUGUGCACGGCGCUCAUCGAAAUCGCCUUGGACCAAUCUGAAGCGAAUUUCGUCGUCGAUAUAUUUUCCUCUCUUCUGAGUUAGUAGAAGUUUUUUUUGGUUCAUUUUUGUAUUUAAAACUAGUUUAUAAAUUCUAAGAUGAAGUAUAUUUCACAUUUUUUUUAUUCUGAUAAGACAAUUCACUGGAAAUUCUCUUCUCUAUUUUCAAUAAUUCAAAGAUUUUUCAUUUUUAAAAUCGAAGCUUACCCUUUUUUUCAAGAACACGAAGAAUUCGGAACCGUCAUGUCUUCGGAAUUGAUGGCCAUCUCGUCGUCACACGUCAUGGAGGGCGGUUCGAAGCCGAUUCCAGCUUUCCUUUCUGCCAUUUUGUGCGCAAACUGGCCUAGACAGUAUUCGAAGGUUAGUUUUGAAUUUAGAAACGAAAAAUAAUCCGUUAUAGGAAUCGAAAAAAAGAAAUUAGAUUUGAUCUUUGUUGCAAUUUUUCCGACUUUUUUUCUUUCAAAAAAAUGUCAAAAUUCAACAUCAUAUUUUUUUAUUAUAAAAUUUUUGAAGUUUUUUUAAAAGACAAUAGAACUGUAAAAAUGAGCUUUGUAAAUUGAUAAUUUCUGAUUUUGGCAAACUUUGAAGCUCCAGUUUUAUUUUUCUAGUGUUUAUUACCCCUCGAUUUUCUUUAAUUAUCAACUUAAAUAGUAAUUUUGAUUUUUCGAAAACAAAAUCAGUAUUUUCAGGCAAUCGAUUCUGUAAAUAUGCUCCUCUUCACCACCAUGCAAAUCGUGAAAGGAUGGAUCCAAGUCCUUGAUGAAGAUAAUAUGGUUUUUGACUAAUUUCCAACACUCCUAUAAGCCUUUUUUCAGCUUUUCAUCAAAAAGGAGCCGAAACCUGUGGCGCCACCCCUUCAGGAAGAACAAAGCGACACCGAGUCAGAAGCUGAAGAUUCGGAUAACGAAGUUGAAAAACAAGCCAAGAUUAUCGUGCAGCCAGAAGCCGAAGAUGAAGCUGAACCCGAGCAAGAAGAGCCGGAGAUUGUCAAUCGGUAAUUUUGGAAAAAAUUUUUUACCUUGAAAAGUUCCGGUUCAGGUUUCGAUAAAAUUUCGCUGAAAGGUACUUUUAAACAGUUAGAUUUUGAAACAGUAAAAAAAGAACAUGUUUUUUUUUGUCUUCUAAUGGAGCCUCGGAGCUUGAACUUUUGGCAGUCCCAAAUAAUCAAAAAACUUUUUUGGCAGUCCCAGAUCAAUGUUUAAAAAAUUGGCAGUCCCAAAUUAUCAAAUUUCAAAGUUGGCAGUCCCAAAUUAUCGAAUUUUAAAAUUGGCAGUCCCCAAUUAUCGAAUUUUAAAAUUGGCAGUCCCCAAUUAUCAGACCUUAAAAUGGCAGCCCCAAGCUCCACAGUAAAAAUAUGACUUUUAGUGUUUUUUUAAAGCGUUAGAACUUUAAUAAAAUGCAAAAAGAUACUUCUUCAGGUUAUUUUUUUGAUCAGGAAUUCUCAAAAAACCUCUCAGCCAAGUUUUAUCGAACUCUGAAACUAACACCUUUUUCAGUUACCUUAUCACUUUCAUUUCCGUUAAUUUCACCUUUCAUAAUAAUUUCCCCUUUUCAGGUGCGCCAUCGCCAUCUUCGACCUCUGCGAGGCUGCUCAGCGAUCAUUGUGGAUGAAGUUUCCAACGCUUUGCGAUGAGAUCUAUGACGUCAUCAAGCCUGCAAUCACCCACAAUUCGAAUCUCACUGGGUUCGUCUUCAUAUUUUUUAGAAAUCAGAACAAGGAAAAUAACUUUCCGAUGCCUGGAGGACAGUUAUACUGAAGAAAAUUCCAGAGAAACCAAAGUCCGCUUGUUGCAAACGUUGCUGGCGUUGACCAACUGGACCCGUUCAAAGGCCGUCACGACAAAAAUAGCCCAAACUCAAACCGUUGCGUGUUGA